CCAUCUUGGCUACGGGCGGAAGUUUCCCUCGGAGGCUGAGUGAGGGGGCGCCGUUGCCGCCUCCGGCCGGGCGGCGCAACACUGAUUUGGGGAUGGGGGCGAGAGGUGUAGGGGCUCGCGGCCCUCCACAGACAAGCCAGGUCUGGUGGCGCAGGGCGCAACCCGGCCGGGCGCCCCCCAGGCCCCCUCCGUGCCAUGGAGAGUAACCUGUCCGGCCUGGUGCCGGCCGCGGGACUGGUGCCUGCGCUUCCGCCGGCGGUGACCCUGGGACUGACGGCCGCCUACACCACCCUGUACGCCCUGCUCUUCUUCUCGGUCUAUGCCCAGCUCUGGCUGGUGCUGCUCUACGGGCACAAGCGGCUCAGCUACCAGACGGUGUUCCUGGCGCUCUGUCUGCUCUGGGCGGCCUUGCGAACCACGCUCUUCUCCUUCUACUUCCGAGACACGCCCCGCGCCAACCGGCUGGGGCCCCUGCCCUUCUGGCUGCUCUACUGCUGCCCUGUCUGCCUGCAGUUCUUCACCCUGACGCUUAUGAACCUCUACUUCGCGCAGGUGGUGUUCAAGGCCAAGGCGAAGCGGCGGCCGGAGAUGAGCCGCGGCUUGCUGGCCGUCCGAGGGGCCUUCGUGGGGGCCUCGCUCCUCUUCCUGCUGGUGAACGUGCUAUGUGCCGUGCUGUCCCGCCGGCGCCGGGCCCAGCCCUGGGCGCUGCUGCUGGUGCGCGUGCUGGUGAGCGACUCCCUCUUCGUCAUCUGCGCCCUGUCUCUGGCCGCCUGCCUCUGCCUGGUCGCCCGGCGGGCCCCCUCCACCAGCAUCUACCUGGAGGCAAAGGGGACCAGCGUGUGCCAGGCAGCUGCCAUGGGUGGUGCCAUGGUCCUGCUUUAUGCCAGCCGGGCCUGCUACAACCUGGCGGCCUUGGCCUUGGCCCCCCGGAGCCGGCUGGAUGCCUUCGAUUACGACUGGUACAACGUGUCUGACCAGGCGGACCUGGUGAACGACCUGGGGAAUAAGGGCUACCUGGUGUUCGGCCUCAUCCUCUUCGUGUGGGAGCUGCUGCCCACCACCCUGCUGGUGGGCUUCUUCCGGGUGCACCGGCCCCCACAGGACCUGAGCGCCAGCCGCAUCCUCAACGGGCAGGGCUUCGGCUCCCGUUCCUACUUCUUCGACCGGGCUGGGCAGUGUGAGGAUGAGGGCUGCUCGUGGGAACACAGCCAGGCCGAGAGCACCAGGUGCCGGGACCCGGCGGCCACCACCACAGCCUCUACUCCACCCCACAGACGUGACUCUCCCCCUCCCCCCCCGGGGUACCCGGCCCCCCCGCCCCCAGGCCCCUGUGCCAAGUUCACCUGCCGCUUCUUGCCCAGGAUCCCGGGGCCGGGGCCGCCCACCCCUUCCGGCCGGCUCCUUGCUGCUCCCACCGUAGUGAGCUUGUGCCACCCCCCUAGGACGGGGGGCACAGCCCUGGCUGCCAGAUGCCCUCAGCGCCCUGGCAUGACUGGCACCUCCGCCUCCGUCCGGAGUCAGCUACCUCUCCUGUGCUGCCACUCAAUAAAGUGUCUGUGCCCCCACCGGUUUCCGCUGUCGGUCCUCUGCCCAGGGUCCCCACACCUGAUCCCUCGCUGUGGCCUGGCGGGCAGCAGGGGUGAAGCCUGCAGUCCCGGAGGGAAGGGGUGCCCGGAAAGACUUGCUUCUCGGAGCUCUCCUGGCCCACGGCUGCCCCGUCUCACUCCAGGGCCCCCUGCUGGACCCCCACUCGUGAUUCCGGGGCCAUUAUACGUCAUAGCCCCACGGAUUGGGCGGCUUCCCUACCGCCACCCCCAUGCUGGCCUGCGGGUGCCAGGGUUAGUCCAGGACCUGCAGAGGAGCCGUUGGCGUGGUGGCUGAGAACACGGGGGCACGGCACUGGCUGUGUCUGCCUGGGGGUCCUGGGGGCCCCCUUUCCGGCUGCCUCCCCUUCCAGCCCUGGCAGAUGUGUCUUGGGGCUGGCAGGCCUUUACCCGAGGGUCUGUCUCCCAGCCAACCCCUGCCGCCCGAGUUCCUGGGGCCUAGCGCUGAGCUAGCCUGCAGAUCCUUCCCUCGGGACCACCCCCGGCAGCAGGCCUGUGUGGCCUCCAAGAGGGCGUCUAGGACUUCAGCUGGGAGGUGGACAUUUUUAACUUUUAAAGAAUUUAUUGAGGGACCAGUGCUGUGGUGUAGUGGGUAAAGCCGCCGCCUGCAGUGCCGACAUCCCAUAUGGGUACCGGUUCAAGUCCUGGCUGCUCCACUUCGAUCCAGCUCUCUGCUGUGGCCGGGGAAAGCAGUAAAGAUGGCCCAAGUAUUUGGGCCCCUGCACCCUUGUGGGAGACCUGUGAGAAGCUCCUGGCUCGGAAUGGUCCAACUCCAGCCGUUGCAGCCAUUUGAGGAGUGAACCAGGGGAUGGUACACACCCUCCGUCUUUCUCUCUCUCAUUGAAAAUUGAGCCCAUGUCCAUUCCUGUCAUUGUACCAAUGAAAGUUUUCUGAGACAAGAUUUAUUUUUUUUUAAAUGGGGUUGGCGCUUGCUGCAGCGGAAAAAGCUGCCGCCUGCAGUGCCCACAUCCCAUAUGGGCCCCGGUUUGAGUCCCAGCUGCUCCACUUCUGAUCCAGCUCCCAGCUAUGGCCCAGGAAAGCAGUAGAAGAUGGCCCAAGUCCUUGGGCCCCUGCACCCUGUGGGAGACCUCAAAGAAGCUCCUGGCAUCAGACUGGCCCAGCCUCAGCCAUUACGGCCAUCUGGGGAGUGAACCAGGGGAUGGAAGACCUCUCUCUCCUCUGCCUCUCCUCCCUCUAUGUAACUCAGAUUUUCAAAUAAACAUUUUUUUAAAAAGCUUUUAAAAAUGUAUUUAUUGGGGCUGCUGUUGUGGCGUGGCAGCUUGGGCUGGGCAUCCCACAUGGGCCCUGGUUCGUGUCCCGGCUGCUCCACUUCCGAUCCUGCUCCCUGCUAAUGUGUCUGGGGAAGAUGGCCCAAGUGCUUGGGCCCCUGUACCCACACGGGAGACCCAGAAGAAGCUCUUGGCCCUGGCCUUUGUGGUCAUUUAGGGAGUGAACCAAUGGUUGAAAGAUCUGUCCCUCUCUCUGUAAAUCUGCCUUUUAAAUAAAUAAGUUUUAUUUUAAAAGAUUUAUUUAUGUGAGAGAUAGAGUCACAGACAGCGGGAGACAGGGAGAGAAGUCUAUCCACUGGCUCACUCCCCACAUGGCCGCAGUGGCCGGAGCUGCGCCGAUCCAAAGCCAGGAGCCAGCAGCUUCCUCCAGGUCUCCCACGAGGGUGCAGGGGCUCAAAGACCUGGGCCAUCCUCCACUGCCAUCCCAGGCCAUAGCACAGAGCUGGAUUGGAAGUGGAGCAGCCGGGACUCAAACCGGCACCCAUACGGGAUGCCGGCACCUCAGGCGGGGGCUUAGCCUAUAACGCCACAGUGCUGGUCCCUAAAUAAUUUUUUUUUAAUUAUUUACUUCAGAGACAGAGGCGGGGUGAGAUAGACACAGGGGAGCUCCUCGCCAGUGGUUCGCUUGCCAAUGCCUGCAGCAUCUGAGGCUGGGCCAGGCCAGAGCCAGGAGCUGGGCACCCAGUCUGGGUCUCCCGGCGGUAGCAGGGACCCAGCCACUUCAGCCAUCACACUGCCUCCCAGGUGCACGUUAGCGGGAAGCUGGAGUGGGGAGUGGGGCCGAGACUCGAACCUGGCAGGAUGUGGGUGUUUUAACCAGGAGGCCAAAUGCCCGCCUUGACAAUCAGUUUUGUUGAAAUAAAAAUUGCUAGGGCCGGCAUGGUGGCAUGGCAGGCUAAGCUGCUGCCUGCGACGCCGGCACUGGUUCAAGUCCUGGCUGCUGCACUUUCAGUCCAGCUCCCGAAGAGGAUGGCCCAAGUGCCCGGGCCCCUGCACUCACGUGGGAAACCCAGAAGAAGCUUCUGGCUCCUUGUUUUGACCUGGUCCAGUCUGGGCUGUUGUGGCCACUUGGGGAGUGUCUCUCCGCCUUUCAAAUAAAUUCAUUUUUUAAAAAUCA